AUGCAGCCAUUAACAUGUAACAUCUGUAUCUUUCAGAUCCCCCAGAUUAGUUAUGCGUCCACAGCUCCAGAGCUGAGUGACAAAAGCCGUUAUGAGUUCUUCUCCCGCGUGGUCCCUCCUGACUCCUACCAGGCCCAGGCCAUGGUGGACAUCGUCAAGGCUAUGGGGUGGAACUACGUAUCUACACUGGCCUCAGAAGGAAACUACGGUGAGAGCGGCGUCGAUGCCUUCCUCCAGAUAUCUCGAGAGGCAGGUUUGUACCAAAUUAUAGUGCCAAAUUUAAAUGUUCUGGUGUAGCCUAACCAUGGCCAACAUGGUGUUAGAACUGAUGGUACUGUAUGGGGAGGAUUUGACGUCCAAUGGAGGAGCCGCCUUGGUUUGGAUCUUGUCUUUCUUCUCCCUUCAUUCAGGAGGUCUAUGCAUCGGUCAAUCCAUCAAAAUCCCUCGAGAGCCGAAACCAGGUGGGUUUGAUAAGAUCAUCAAGAGACUAAUGGAGACCUCUAAUGCUCGUGGGGUCAUCAUCUUUGCCAAUGAGGACGACAUCAGGUUAGUGGCAAACUAGUAGUAACUCCUCCUUUCCUUUCCCUAGGAAUGUUGUCACAUAACCACCAUGCUACUUGUUCUCUAAGCACCCCAGUUCCUAUAUACUCUAGAGCUAAUGAAGGUACAGUGUGCUAAUGCAUUAUCACCACUUAUCACAGACGUGUCUUGGAGGCAGCAAAGCGAGCCAACCUGACGGGUCACUUCCUGUUUGUGGGCUCUGACAGCUGGGGGGCCAAGAGCUCUCCCAUCCUGGACCAGGAGGAUGUGGCUGAGGGGGCUGUCACCAUCCUCCCCAAGAGGGCCUCCAUCGACGGUAAGGCAAACACGAGAGAUAUUGCAGAGAUACAUUAUAUUUAGGUAUAAAAUAUGACUUUAGUGGGUGAUGGGAAAGUUUGGGAAAGUCUUAAACAUAUGGUGAUAGUGAUGCUCUGUUGGUCCUUUGCCCAGGGUUCGACAACUACUUCACCUCAAGAUCUCUGGAAAAUAAUAGAAGGAACAUCUGGUUUGCAGAAUACUGGGAGGACGACUUCAAAUGUAAACUGACUCGACCAGGUAUCAAGUACGACCUUGGUAGGAGAAAAUGUACAGGUAGGAGAAGAGGUUAUUUCUGACAUAUUUCAAUUGUUUAUCUCAAAUAAGCAGAUUUGCUUACAGGCUACACUGAUUUUAACCACUGUAUGCACCCUUCCUCUCAUCAGGUGAAGAGAGAAUCGCUCAGGAAUCUCAGUACGAGCAGGAAGGGAAAGUACAGUUUGUGAUAGACGCAGUGUAUUCCAUGGCCCAUGCCUUACACAGCAUGCACCUGGACCUCUGUCCGGGCUUCAUGGGCGUCUGUGAGAAGAUGGACCCAGUAGAAGGGAGUCAGCUGCUCCAAUACAUUCGCUCAGUGAACUUUAAUGGUGAGUUGGAAAUGUAGAGACCAGGGGUUGUUAAAAAGGGUCUUGAGUGAUUCCAUUGGAGCAGCAGUUAAUCAGGUCUGGGAACAUUCAAUAAACUUUGGAUAGAAGAUUCAUUUUCAAAGUCGAUCAACAGACUUUUCUUUUUGCUGUUGCUGUCUCAAAUCAGAUAAUACUCUUGAUAAUUGAAAUGAUAUAUAUUUUUUAAUUAAUUAAAUGUCCUGGUUUCAUUAAGCCUUUUCCACUCCUGGUUCCCAUCACAUCCCAUCGGAGAGGUCAGUCUGAGAGGUCAGUCACUCCAAAACAGUGUGGAUGGAGGUCAGUCUGAAGACAGGACUGCACUCUGCUUUAGCCUUGCAAUCUCUGCUAAUGUACUAAGCCACAGUACACAGCACAUCUCUUCAAUGCACUAUUGUUCCCCAGGGCUGCCUCUCUUCUUUCUUCAUACACAAGAAACACUAUUUUCAUCUCCAUCUUUCAUAAAAAAAUAUUUUGAUUGGAGUCAAGGAGCUUUCUAUGAAAAGCAUAGCUAUUUCCUUUUCCCUCUUUGUGGAUGACCCUUUGCUUGUAUGGAAGCCCUCUCUGAUUGAAUGCCUGAAGGGAACAGGUAGGAACAAAUCUAAUCUAAUUUUAUUGGCCACAUGCGCCGAAUACAACAGGUGCAGACAUUACAGUGAAAUGCUUACUUACAGCCCUUAACCAACAAUGCAUUAAUUUUUUUAAUAAAAAAGUAAAAUAAAACAACAAGCAGAAAGUGUUGAGAAAAACAGAGCAGAAGUAAAAUAAAAUAACAGUAGGGAGGCUAUAUACAGGGGGGUACCGGUGCAGAGUCAAUGUGCAGGGGCACCGGCUAGUUGAGGUAGUUGAAGUAAUAUGUACAUGUGGGUAGAGUUAAAGUGACUAUGCAUAAAUAAUUAACAGAGUAGCAGCAGCGUAAAAAGAUGGGGUGGGUGGGUGGGUGGGGGGGGGGGGGGGGGGUAGUGCAAAUAGUCCGGGUAGCCAUGAUUAGCUGUUCAGGAGUCUUAUGGCUUGGGGGUAGAAGCUGUUGAGAAGUCUUUUGGACCUAGACUUGGCACUCCGGUACCGCUUGCCGUGCGGUAGCAGAGAGAACAGUCUAUGACUAGGGUGGCUGGAGUCUUUGACAAUUGUGAGGGCCUUCCUCUGACACCGCCUGGUAUAGAGGUCCUGGAUGGCAGGAAGCUUGGCCCCAGUGAUGUACUGGGCCGUACGCACUACCCUCUGUAGUGACUUGCGGUUGGAGGCCAAGCAGUUGCCAUACCAGGCGGUGAUGCAACCAGUCAGGAUGCUCUCGAUGGUGCAGCUGUAGAAUGUUUUGAGGAUCUGAGGACCCAUGCCAAAUCUUUUCAGUCUCCUGAGGGGGAAUAGGCUUUGUCGUGCCCUCUUCACGACUGUCUUGGUGUGUUUGGACCAUGAUAGUUCGUUGGUGAUGUGGACACCAAGGAACUUGAAUCUCUCAACCUGUUCCACUACAGCCCCGUCGAUGAGAAUGGGGGCGUGCUCAGUCCUCUUCUUUUUUUUUCCUGUAGUCCACAAUCAUCUCCUUUGUCUUGGUCACGUUGAGGGAGAGGUUGUUAUCCUGGAACCACACGGCCAGGUCUCUGACCUCCUUCCUAUAGGCUGUCUCAUCGUUGACGGUGAUCAGGCCUACCACUGUUGUGUCGUCGGCAAACUUAAUGAUGGUGUUGGAGUCGUGCCUGGCCAUGCAGUCAUGGGUGAACAGGGAGUACAGGAGGGGACUGAGCACGCACCCCUGAGGGGCCCCCGUGUUGAGGAUCAGUGUGGCAGAUGUGUUGUUACCUACCCUUACCACCUGGGGGCGGCCCGUCAGGAAGUCCAGGAUCUAGUUGCAGAGGGAGGUGUUUAGUCCCAGGAUCCUUAGCUUAGUGAUGAGCUUUGAGGGCACUAUGGUGUUGAAUGCUGAGCUGUAGUCAAUGAAUAGCAUUCUCACGUAGGUGUUCCUCUUGUCCAGGUGGGAAAGGGCAGUGUGGAGUGCAAUAGAGAUUGCAUCAUCUGUGGAUCUGUUGGGGCGGUAUGCAAAUUGGAAUGGGUCUAAGGUUUCUGGGAUAAGGGUGUUGAUGUGAGCCAUGACCAGCCUUUCAAAGCACUUCAUGGCUACAGAUGUCAGUGCUACGGGUCGGUAGUCAUUUAGGCAGGUUAUCUUAGUGUCCUUGGGCACGGGGACUAUGGUGGUCUGCUUGAAACGGGGUCUGCUUGGUAUUACAGACUCAGUCAGGGACAUGUUGAAAAUGUCAGUGAAGACACUUGCCAGUUGGUCAGCACAUGCUCGGAGUACACGUCCUGGUAAUCCGUCUGGCCUUGCGGCCUUGUGAAUGUUGACCUGCUUAAAAGUCUUACUCACAUGGCUACGGAGAGCGUGAUCACAUAGUCAUCCGGAACAGCUGGUGCUCUCAUGCAUGCUUCAGUGUUGCUUGCCUCAAAGCGAGCAUAGAAGUGGUUUAGCUCGUCUGGAAGUCUUGUGUCACUGGGCAGCUCGCGGCUGUACUUCCCUUUGUAGUCUGUAAUAGUUUUCAAGCCCUGCCACAUCCGACGAGCAUUUGUGUUAAGGCAACAGACCAGAGAGUACAUAAAAAUAGCAUAAUGUAUGGAAAGGAACCCUCAGCAGGAAGAAUCUUAUGCUCAGCUUUGCCCUGGUUGCAGAAGACACGUGCCUUAGGUUCACCUUAGGUUUCAUUUUUCUUUGGUCAAAGGUAAAGGCAUUGCACUGCCCAAUAUCGGGUAGCCCUGUUUAAAAUGAUUGCUCCUCUAUCCAACAGGCAGUGCAGGGACUGGGGUCAUGUUCAAUGAGAAUGGAGAUGCUCCUGGUCGCUAUGACAUCUUCCAGUUCCAACUCUCCAACACCACCAACCCUGGCUACCGGUGUAUUGGCCAGUGGACAAACCAACUGCGACUCAAUGUAAACAUUUGUUUUGGUCUAUUCGAUUUUUCGAUGAUGAUGUUCACUUUAUCAGUGUUGCUAUUGCAUUGAGGAAUGUACUGUUUGUGUUUUGAGUUAAUCACCUUUCAAUUUAACCAAACUCAUUCCAGUUAUUCUUGCACUUUUAUUUAGCUCCAUUUAGUCACUCAUCCUCUUUCUCGCAAUAAUGACAUGAUAUGACUACUUCAGGAGUUCACUUGAGGUUCUUUAGCAUUGUCUCUGUUUCUGUUAAAGGCUGAGGAGAUGCAGUGGUCGGGUGGGGACCGUGCAGUCCCUGACUCGGUGUGCAGUUUCCCCUGUGAACUAGGAGAGAGGAAGAAGAUGGUGAAGGGUGUGCCCUGUUGCUGGCACUGCGAGCUGUGUGACGGAUAUCAAUACCAACUGGAUGAGCUAAACUGUGACAUGUGUCCCUUCGAUAUGCGUCCCAUGCCAAACCGGACGGGCUGCCGAUCCACACCCAUCAUCAAGCUGGAGUGGAGCUCCCCCUGGGCCAUCAUCCCUGUGUUCCUGGCUGUCCUGGGCAUCCUGGCCACCUCCGGAUGCAUCCUCACCUUCAUCCGCUUUAACGACACCCCCAUCGUCCGGGCCUCUGGCCGUGAGCUCAGCUACGUUCUCCUGACAGGCAUCUUCCUCAUUUACCUGAUCACCUUCCUCAUGAUCGCAGAGCCCAGUGCCCCGGUGUGUGCCUUCCGCAGACUGCUGCUAGGCCUGGGCAUGUGUAUUACCUACUCAGCUAUGCUCACCAAGACCAACCGCAUUUACCGUAUCUUUGAGCAGGGCAAGAAAGCAGUCACGCCACCUCCGUUCAUCAGCCCUACUUCUCAGCUGAUCAUCACCUUUAUACUCAUUGGAGUGCAGGUGAGUGGGUUCCUGCCUCUCUCCUACUGCAUGUGAUGAAAACAAGGCAGUAAUACAACAGUGUUUGUUAAAGACACAGGAAAUGGUGUCUGGAAUGGUAUACAGUAGAAUUAGAUUAAUCUGCUGAAUCAUGGGCCAAAUCAAUCUUUGGAUCAUUCUCUGUAUCUCCACAGUUACUUGGCGUUUUCAUCUGGUUCGGAGUGGUGCCCCCACACACCAUCAUAGACUAUGAGGAGCAGCGGCCGCCCAACCCAGAGUUUGCACGUGGGGUCCUAAAAUGUGACAUGUCCGACCUGGCCCUGGUCCUCUGCUUGAGCUACAGUAUCGUGCUGAUGGUGACCUGCACUGUGUAUGCCAUCAAGAGCAGAGGGGUGCCAGAGACCUUCAACGAGGCCAAGCCCAUUGGUUUCACCAUGUACACCACCUGUAUCAUCUGGUUGGCCUUUGUGCCCAUCUUCUUUGGUACAGCACAGUCUACUGAGAAGGUUUGAAAAUCAAUGUCAUCUUUCUAUAUUUGCUGGUAUUUAUCCAUUGGCAGAGAAAGUAAAUGUUUUAUAUACUUAAAAAUGCAACCCUAGAACUAUGUUUUCUAAAAUAGGUUCUAGAGCUACCUUCUCUAUUGAAGAACUGUCAACACUGUUAUCAAAUGUUAGUUUGUUACCUGUCAUAUCAGAUUUUUUUUCCAUGAGGCGUUCACAGUAUGUUCAGCAUCCUCUUCAUUGAAUGACAGAGGAACAAUGGUCAGGAUUUAAAAGAAGGAAGUACACUAUAUAUACAAAAGUAUGUGGACACCCCAUUGAAUUAGUGCAUUCGGCUAUUUCAGCCACACCCGUUGCUGACAGGUCUAUAAAAUUGAGCACACAGCCAUGCAAUCUCCAUAAACAAACAUUGGCAGUAGAAUGGCCUUACUGAAGAGCUCAGUGAUCUUCAACGAGGCACGGUCAUAGGAUGCCAGGAGAACGCUACCUGCCCGAAUGCAUAGUGCCAACUGUAAAGUUUGGUGGAGGAGGAAUAAUGGUCUGGGGCUGUUAUUCAUGGUUUGGGCUAGGCCCCUUAGUUCCAGUGAAGGGAAAUCUUAACGCUACAGCAUACAAUUUAUUAUAUUUAUUUAUUAUACAUUUAGCAGACGCUCUUAUCCAGAGCGACUUACAGGAGCAAUUAGGGUUAAGUGCCUUGCUUAAGGGCACAUCGACAGAUUUUUCACCUAGUCGGCUCGGGGAUUAGAACCAGCGACCUUUCGGUUACUGGCACAACGCUCUUACCCACUAAGCUACCAAUGACAUUCUAGAUGAUUCUGUGCUUCCAACUUUGUGACAACAGUUUGGGGAAGGCCCUUUCCUGUUUCAGCAUGACAAUGCCGCCGUGCACAAAGCGAGGUCCAUACGGAAAUGGUUUGUCGAGAUCGGUGUGGCAGAACUUGACUGGCCUGCACAGAGCCCUGACCUCGAACACCUUUGGGAUGAAUUGGAACACCGAUUGCGAGCCAGGCCUAAUCACCCAACAUCAGUGCCCGACCUCACUAAUGCUUUUGUGGCUGAAUGGAAGCAAGUCCCCGCAGAAAUGUUCCAUCAUCUAGUGGAAAGCCUUCCCAGAAGAGUGGAGACUGUUUUAGCAGCAAAGGGGGGACCAACUCCAUAUUCAUGCCCAUGAUUUUGGAAUGAGAUAUUCGACAAGCAGGUGUCCACAUACUUUUGGUAAUGUAGUGUAUGUUCAGACUAGUAGAGUGUGUUGUUAAAUCAGUCAGCCUGAAAUUAACCAACCCCCAGGUGCUUUUAAAGUAUUUUCACCUCUGCAAAUGGAAAUGAAAUGUAUCAGAGGUCUGAAAAGAGGUCAGAUGAGCUCAGGGACAAAAUGGGUCUCUGAGAGACAAAAAAAUACCCAUACAUGCUAUUCAGUUACACACUUAGAGCUUAGAACAUCUAAAUAUAGCAUCAAUAACAUUUAGUUGUCAGAUCGCAUUAGUUUCCAUUUAUUAUCAGAAAGUAUUACAAUAGUACAAUAACUGUGGAGUGUUAUUAGAUAGGAAUGCAGGGGUAUUGAUGUAUUAGAUUUUGAGAGGUACUCAGAAAGGUGCAAACAAUUGCAAGCUGAUCAUUAGGGAAGUGUGAAUGAAAGGUAUUGGCAAACUUAGGGGGUUGGCUAAGUUUUUACGUUUUCAAUACAAUGUGUAUUGUUUUGGUGCAGAUGGUUGACUUCCUUGCUGAUGCACCUGACAAGAAAAGAUCCCGUUCUGUUCUGGAUUGCCUGGAUCUCAUUAGAACUGUUCUCUGUCAUAUUUCAAUGACACUUUGGCUGCGUUCAGACAGGCAGGCCAAUUCACAUCUAUUUUUUCACUAAUUGGUCUUUUGACCAAUCAGAUCAGCUCUAAAAAAAGAUAUGUUGUGAAAAGAUCUGAUGUGAUUGGUCAAAAGACCAAUUAAUGGAAAAAAUAUUAGAAGUGACUGAGGCAUACAUACAUACCGUACCUAGCACUAGCCUGGGGUCAGUAAUAUCUUUAAAGGUAAACUCUGCGAAAUGAAGUUGCUGCGAGUAGCACCGCAGAUGUUGAGAUGAGCGAGAUGCAAGACAUCGCUCUCACACAGUCACACACAGUAUCUGCGCAUGUGCACAGGUUUGCUUCACGCUGUUACAGCGUGGUAGCCAGGGCACCAAAACAGUGGAGAAGUUGAGCCUCUCGCUUCAACGCUCUUAGUUGUUGCGGAAAUUGACCCACUAUGCUGGUUACUUUCUGCAUCUACGUCAUAUCGAGUCAACCUUUCAAAUGAAUGGCUGUUAUGAACGGUGCUCCCUGGUCAUCUAUGCGUUGCCACAUCAGUGAUGGCCAAGACAUUGAGAGCCAAUAAGAAACAUGACGAGAACAGAGAAGAUAAGUGAGGGAUAUUGUGCCAUGUAGCUAUGUCUUAAAAAAAAUAAAAAAUUAUGGCAUGUAUUUCUUAAUUUAUUAAUGACGUGUACUGCUUUUGAAUUGUCAGUGCAUCGGAUUCAGACCACAAGUCUGUUCUCAGUAUUGUUGUUGCCCACCUGACAACAGAGGAACAACACAGUGAAUAGAUGCUGAAGGCCCAUAAAUAGAGCACCACUCCUCAGUGCAUAUACUGGGUUAUAAAUCGUUCAUCCCAGGCUAAAAACACACCUGUCUCCUGAACAUUCAAAUGAAUAAACAACGUCUGUAUACUGUGUACCUCUGAGAUUUCACAUCCUAUUGCUUAUUCUUACAGUAAUUAGACAUAAUAAAGUCAUGGGGAUUGCCAAGGAAAAUGUAAGACAACCUCCAUACAUUAUUAUUAUUAUCAUUAUUAUUAUUUAUUGAAUGUACAGUUUUACUGUAUUCUCAGAAUAUUCUCAGAAUACUAUAUUCUCAUUCUCAGGUUAUUCUCAGAUUAAUAGUUGGAAUGAUAGGCAUAGGAUAGAAAGGAAAAUGAUUAAAAUGAAUAUUUUGAGUUGUGAAUGCAACACAGGCAAUUAAUGUAGUACUCAGCCAGGCAAUCCAAACCCUAUUGUAAAAUGUCUAGGUUUAUACUGAGGUAUUUAUUAUUAACUUUCACGCUGCUUUCCCUCUGCUCUAGAUGUUCAUCCAGACCACCACCCUGACGGUGUCCAUGAGCCUGAGUGCCACUGUGUCCCUGGGCAUGUUGUACAUCCCUAAGGUCUACGUCAUCAUCUUCCAACCGGAGCAGAACGUGCAAAAACGCAAGCGCAGCAUCAAGGCUGUGGCUUCCACAGUGACCUCACAACUCUCCCAGAAAGAGGACAAGCAGAAUGGAGAGUCCAAAAGUAGUGCCAUAGUGCCUGACCGAUCACAGUGA